UCCACCUCUUCUGCCACAAACGUCAGCAUGGUGGUAUCUGCUGGUCCUUGGUCCAGUGAGAAGGCAGAGAUGAACAUUCUAGAAAUCAACAAGAAAUUGCGCCCCCAGUUGGCAGAGAAGAAACAGCAGUUCAGAAACAGCAAAGAGAGAUUUCUUGUAACUCAAGUGGCCUGCUUCCUGGCCAGCCGGCAGAACAAAUACAAGUUUGAAGAAUGCAAAGACCUUAUACAAUCUAUGCUGAGGGAUGAGCUGCAGGUCAAGGAGGAGAAGCUUGUAGAGCAGCUUGGGCAAGCUGAGGAGCUCAGGCAAUAUAAAGUCCUGGUUCACUCUCAGUCACAAGAGCUGGGCUGGUUAAGGGAGAAGUUACGGGAAGGGAGAGAUGCCUCCCGCUCAUUGAAUCAGCAUCUCCAGGCCCUCAUCCCUCCGGAUGAGCCUGACAACUCCCAGGGGCAGGAUCUCCGAGAGCAGCUGGCUGAGGGCUGCAGACUAACAGAGAACCUCAUCCACAAACUCAGCCUAGAAAAUGAUGAAGAUGUGGAUGACGAUGUUUACGUUGAGGAGACUGAGAAAGUACGGGAAUCAUGCGCCCCCAGGGAGGUGCAGAAGGUUGAAGAGAGGAAUUCCCGGAGGACUUACUGGAGGAAUGUGCUCUCGCUUGUUCAAAUAGUCACGGUCCUUCUGACUCCAGCCAGCCUCACAGGAAAACCUAAAUCACAUUUGACGAAGACCAAGUUGACUCUGCGCUGGCUAAGCCCGGAGCUGCCAGAGAUGGAGGAGCAGGACGUCCCGCAGGACUCUCUGGAUGAAGUUUACUUGACUCGUUCACUUCCCCAUGACCUGUCUGACUGCCAGCAGCCUUACAGCAGCACGUGGUGCUCAUUGGAGGAUCAGCUCGCCUGCUCUGCUCUCGAUGUAGCCUCUCCCACCCAGGCAGACUGUCCUUACGGACCUUGGAGCGGAGACUUGAGCCACCACCUGUCAGAGGUGCCGGCUUCACAGGCACAGCCAGAGCCGAGAACCCUGGUGCCCAAUUGUCUGCGACUGCAGCUGGAUCAAGGGUUUGACUGUGGCUAUGGCGUAGCCAGGCGGGGCAUUUCCUCCACCACCUGCAGCUUCACAGCCAACGCUGAUCCUGGGAAGCAAUGGCCCUCCCAAGAGCUGGGUUUAGAGCUUUCCCUUGGAAUGAAGAACCCUCCCCAGCUGGAAGGUGAUGCUCUUGAAGGCUCAGCUGACAACACACAUGAGCAUCAAGUCAUUGGCCACAUUCAUGCUGCAAGUGUCCUAAAACCAAAGAUGAUCAAAAGAAAACUGCUGUUCAGCAAGUGGAGACUGGCAUGGAGAUUCCCUGGCCUGCAAGCUUAG